GCAGGAAGAGAAACCUUGUAUCCACCCCUUCAAUUCUAUCUUAUAAUGGGUUUUCCUAGGCAAUGCUCUUAGGGCUACCAAACGAACAGGUGGAAGUACAUCUCUACGGCCUCUGUUGUUAUGAAGAACAUGGAGCCUCAUAGGAGAGUGUACAUAUCCCUCCCUAAAAAAUACAUGACUGCUUUGGCCAAAAAGUGUAAACUGGAUCACGGGCUUUUCAUUAAGGAUCUCAGCACUUACAUAAAUGAAGGAUACCUACAAGCUUACUUCCAACGGUGGGGCAGCAUUACAGCAUGCACGAUCAAGAAGACUCCGCAGGACUCUGACUCAAAGAGUGCCAGUGCGUUGGGAUUUGUCAUGUUUUCCUCUGAGGAGGAGGCAGAUGAGGCAGACUGGGCGGGUCCUCACUAUAUAGGAGGCAUGGAUGUGGAGGUCAAGAGAGUUGUCAGUCUGAAGGUGGAUAUGAAGAUCUUUCACUACAAGGUUGACCUGUCAGAAGAGGUGUCGGGGGCAAACAUCAAAUUCAGUACUAUGGACGACCUGGUGAAACACUACCAGAAGCCCUGUCACACCUACCUGGUCAAACCGCUGCUGUGACCCACUCACACAAGCACGCAAGUACACACACACAAACAUUGAUAUACACUCACCUCCAUAUCCCACU